AAAGUAGAGGGAGGAACCGGCCAACAUCCGCACUUCACCAGCAUUCCCAAAAUACCGUAGAUAUAUAAGUUGCACCAUCUUGCUCUUUCUCUGAGAACAGAAGAGAGAGCCAUGAAGAAGAAUCAGAAUCAGAUGAUGAUGAUGCAUGUUUCAUUGUUAUUGUCACAUCUGAUUCUUCUGCUGCUCUGUAUUAUUAGUAUCAUUGAUGGUGCUUUUGCUUCUGGGAAAAGUGAUUAUGUCACAGCAGUUGGAGACCCAGGAAUGAGAAGGGAUGAGCUGAGAGUGGCCUUGGAAGCUUGGAACUUCUGCAAUGAAGUUGGAGAAGAAGCACCUGAUAUGGGCAGUCCCAGAGCUGCUGAUUGCUUUAAUCUCACAAGUAAGCACAACCACCAUAAAUCAACAAAGAAACUGACGAAAAAUAGUACUUCCUUAAAACACGGAGUGAGCAAAAAAGACAACUUGCUUGGGGUUGGGACUCCAUUCCCAGGGAUAAGCCAGGGGGCUUUAAACAAUGUGGACCUUUAUGCAGUGGAGAAGGAGCUGUAUCUGGGUUCUCUAUGUCAAGUCCAAGACUCUCCAAAACCGUGGCAAUUCUGGAUGAUUAUGCUCAAAAAUGGAAACUUUGACACAAUGGCUGGGCUGUGCCCUUCCAAUGGGAAAAAGACACCGCCUUUUAGCGAUCCCGGAAGGUUCCCUUGCUUUGGGAAGGGCUGUAUGAAUCAACCCACUGUGGUCCACCAGAGGACUCUGCUGGAUGGUAAUACCACAAUGCGAGGAGGUUUCAAUGGGACUUAUGAUCUGGGAUCCAACCCCAGUGAUGGGCUCGAUUCGAUAUCUUUCUACGAGGUGGAAUGGAAGAAGAAACUUGGUGUUGGAAGCUGGGAGUUCAGGCACAUGCUCAAGACUUCAAAGAAGUAUCCAUGGCUGAUGCUCUACCUCAGAGCUGAUGCAACCCAAGGAUAUUCUGGUGGCUAUCACUAUGAUACAAGAGGAAUGCUCAAAAUUCCUCCCGAGUCACCCAAUUUUAAAGUCAGGCUGACUUUGGACAUCAAACAAGGAGGAGGACCCAAGAGCCAGUUUUACCUCAUUGACAUUGGUAGCUGUUGGAAGAACAAUGGCAAACCCUGUGACGGCGAUGUGCUCACGGAUGUGACCAGAUACACGGAGAUGAUCAUAAACCCGGAAACUCCUGCUUGGUGCAGCCCCACAGGUUUAGGCAAUUGCCCGCCGUACCAUAUCACUCCAAACGACAGAAAAAUUUAUAGAAACGACACUGCCAACUUCCCAUAUGGGGCUUAUCACUACUACUGUGCUCCGGGAAAUGCUGAACAUUUAGAGAAACCUGUAAGCGUAUGUGAUCCUUACAGUAAUCCCCAGGCACAAGAAAUAGUUCAGUUGCUCCCUCACCCCAUCUGGGCCGAGUACGGGUAUCCAACCAAACAAGGGCAGGGUUGGAUUGGGGAUGCUAGAACUUGGGAGCUUGAUGUUGGUGGCCUAUCUAGUCGACUCCACUACUACCAGGAUCCAGGCACCACUCCUGCUAGAAGGAUAUGGGGAUCAAUUGAUGUUGGUACAGAAAUUUUUGUUAGUGACAAAGAUGAAGUGGCAGAGUGGACUCUAAGCGACUUUGACGUUAUUUAUACACCCCCAAAAUAAUUUAUAACGCCAGAUCCAUACCAGCAUUUUUCUCCAACCAUUUUCAUCCUUUCAAUUGUUCAUCCUAAAUAUGUUUAGAGCUAGGUGUUGUAGGGUUUAGACCGAUUGAACGAAGAGAAAUGUGUUCCAGGAUUUAUAAGGGUGAUGGGAGUAGGAAAGCCAAAACAAGCCCGUAAGGGUCGCUUUGCUUCCCCACCAAUCCCCGGCCCUCCCUGUACUCCUGCUUGCCUUCAACUUGAAGUCAUUGUGAACAUUCAUCAAUUCUUCUCAAUAUCACAAGGAGAUCAUCAAAUUCUGCCUCCAAAUGUGAGUGUAUUUUUAUAGUGUAAGCCCAAUUAAGUUGUGAAACUACGAGCUUCGGGUAUCUGGGUAUAAGCCUUUAAUUACUUGAGCAACAAGUCUAUUGCAAAACCAUUUGUUAA